AUGGCUGCCACUCCUGGACUUCUCACAAACUGGCCAUGGAAACCACUUGGAAGCUUCAAGUACGUGUUGCUGACACCAUGGGUGGUGAAGAGCGUAUAUGACUACAUGAUUGCUGAUGUCAACGAGAAAGAUAUAACGGCAGUCGUCAUUUUCCCCUUUUUGUUGACGAGAAUGCUCCACAAUCAAAUUUGGAUUUCUGUCUCUCGGUAUAAAACUACCAAGGGCAAAAACCGAAUAGUUGACAAGACUAUCGAGUUCGAACAAGUUGACCGUGAAACAGACUGGGAUGACCAAAUAAUAUUUAAUGGGUUCUUGUUUUAUGUGGUAUAUUACACUCGGGAGGAGGUUAAAUACUUACCUUUGUGGAGGUUAGAUGGUGUCAUUAUCGUAAUUUUACUACAUAUUGGAGUGGUGGAAUUCCUGUAUUAUUGGCUUCAUAGAACCCUCCACCACCAUUUCCUCUACAAUCGCUACCAUUCUCAUCACCAUUCCUCCGUCGUCACCGAACCAAUCACCUCGGUGAUUCAUCCAUUUGCGGAGCACAUGGCGUACUUUGCAUUGUUCGCAAUUCCGUUGACGACAAUAAGCCUGACCAGGACCGCAUCGUUGGCUGCAUUUGGUGGGUAUGUGACCUUCAUCGACAUAAUGAAUAACAUGGGCCAUUGUAACUUUGAGCUCAUCCCCAAAUCCGUCUUCGCGAUCUUCCCCCCUCUUAAGUACAUCAUGUACACCCCAUCGUACCACUCUUUGCACCAUACUCAAUUUCGAACAAAUUACUCACUUUUCAUGCCGUUAUACGAUUACAUAUACGGUACGAUGGACAAGUCUACUGACAUACUGUACGAGAAAUCACUGUGUCGAAAAGAAGAAUCACCAAACGUAGUGCAUUUAACGCAUCUAACAACACUGGAUUCCGUCUAUCACAUGAGGCUGGGGUUUGCCUCCUUGGCUUCUAAACCGCAUACUUGUUCAAAAUGGUAUUUGUGGAUACUAUGGCCGGUUACGAUUUGGUCCAUGUUGAUCACUUGGAUUUAUGGAAAAACGUUCGUCGUCGAAAGAAACGUCUUCAAAAACCUCAAACUACAAACAUGGGCGAUACCAAAAUAUCGGAUACAAUACCUUAUUGAAUGGCAAAGAGAAGCUAUUAAUGGCUUAAUUGAGGCAGCCAUUCUAGAAGCUGAAGGGAAGGGGAUAAAGGUGCUUGGUCUUGGUCUACUCAAUCAGGGGGAAACAUUGAACAGAAGUGGGGAGUUCUUCGUAAGGAGAAAUCCUGGGCUAAAAGUGAGGGUGGUGGAUGGGAGUAGUUUGGUAGUUGCAGUGGUCUUAAACAGCAUUCCAGCAGGCACAACUGAAGUUGUUUUUAGGGGAAACUUCAACAAGGUUGCGUCCUACCUUGCGCUUGCUCUAUGCCGCAGGGGCAUCAAGGUUGGUAUAUCUCAAAAGGACCAUUACCAAAUGUUGAAAUCCAAGCUCAAAUCGACAGACGACCAAGAAAAGUUGUUCCUUUCACAGACUUACUCUCAUAAGAUAUGGGUUGUGGGUGAUGGAGUGAGCAAAGAAGAACAAAUGAAGGCAUCAAAAGGAACCCUAAUCAUUCCUUACUCUCAAUUCCCUCCAAAGAAAGUGUGCAAAGAUUGCUUUUACUACACCACACCAUCAAUGUUGGCUCCCAAUUAUCUUGAGAAUGUUGAUUCUUGUGAGAAUUGGUUGCCAAGAAGGGUGAUGAGUGCUUGGAGAAUUGCAGGGAUAGUUCAUGGUUUAGAAGGUUGGAAUGUGAACGAGUGUGGGAAUCAGAUUUUUGAUAUCGACAAAGUUUGGGAAGCCGCACUCCGACAUGGGUUUACUCUCAACAAAUCGUUCACUUAA